AGGUGCAGUGCAGUGUGUGGACAUGUCCCCGUCAGUGUGUGCGUUCGUGGUGGUGGCGGUGCUGGUGGCCGCGGCGUCGGCGCGCCCGUCCGACGAGUGGACGCCCAGCCAGAGCAGGGCCUUCGGCGCGUCGAGGCGGAGCUACUCCGUCGCGGCGCCCGCCCGCAACCGCGUGGCCGCGGCCCCCGCGGCGCCCGCCAAGGCCGCCGUCGUGGAGCAGGCCGAGGAGGCCGCCGUCGAGGACGGCCCCGAAGCGCGCGCCUCGCAGAACGAAGUCGGCGAGGACGACGGCUGGUUCAGCUGGCUGGUGCCGUCCGCCGAGAUGCGCGUCGUCGGCAAGGUGUGGGAGGACUGCGCGGCCAGGGACGACACCACCACCUGCCUCAAGGGCAAGGCCCUCACCUUCAUGGACCGCGCCGCCCGCAAGGACAGCCUCGCCCUGCCCGGCGGCCUCGCCCUCGUCCGCACGGCCGGCGACGCCGGCGCGGCCACCGCCCCCGUCACCGACGCCGACCUGGAGGCGUCCCUCCCCCGGGAGCUGGGCCAGCGCGACGCCAAGCUCGACCAGAUGCUGCUGGACCGCGUGCUCGGCUUCGUCCAGACCCACGCCCUCAGGUUCAACCUCGCCGAGCAGGGUGAAGAGCGAGGCAUCAAGAAGAAGGACCUGCUGCCCUACCUGCUGCUGGGCAAGCUCGUCGCCUCGUCCAUGGUGGCCAUGGCCUUCACCGGGCUCGCGCUCCUGGCCGGCAAGGCCCUGAUGGUGUCCAAGAUCGCCCUGCUGCUGUCCGGCAUCGUGGCCCUCAAGAAACUGUUCGGCGGCGGCGGCCACAGCAGCGGCCAGGUGGAGGUCGUGAACCACGGCCGCUCCAUGGACGUCGACGACGACGAGGAGCCCCAGGCCAUGGCGUACCGAGGCCAGAUCCAGAGGCCAGCCACCCGGCGGUCGUAAGCCGACUCGAGCGCGGCGCGGGGAGGGG